AUGUGUAGAGUUUCAGCUUCAAAGCAGCCAGAGUUUGGAGGCACCCGUCGGAGGCGCCCAGCUGGUGCUCUUGUCAAAUUUGCUUCGUGGAACGUCAGGACUUUAGUGAACAUCGAUGGCCCGGUUUCAACUGCUGCUCGUGGAAAGCGCGUCGUGGAAGACAAGAAAAUCAACAUCGUUGUCAGUGAACUUCGUCGGUACGAAAUAGAAGUGGCUGGAUUCCAGGAGUCGAAGUGGUUUGGUAAAGAUAUAUUCCGUGUCGAGGAUGCAAUUGUUCUCACGUCAGGUCGCGCCAUCCCAACGGACGAUUUCAAACGAGGCGAAGGAGUUGGAGUCGUACUACGCGGACGCGCACAGCAAGCGUUCGUAGCAGGGGGAAAUCAGUGGUCUGCUGUCUCAUCGCGUGUCGCACGCUGCAAGCUAAAGUUCGGUGACAUUUGGGUCCACGUCGUGGUGUGCUACGCACCGACUUUCCGGUCCAGUCGCGAUGCAAAGAACGAUUUCUUUGACUCUCUUCAGGAAGUUAUUCUGUCCGUACCCACCCAGGACUCCUUGAUAAUCUUGGGAGACUUCAACGCUAGAGUUGGAGCUGAAAUCUGUGACGAUGGCUGGUAUGGAACACGUGGCCCACAUGGUGUUGGCACUGUCAAUGAGGCUGGCGCUGAGCUUCUCCAGUUUUUAGCGUGCAACAGCCUUACUGUGUGCAACACCUGGUUCAUGAAACGUAACAUCCACAAGUGUACCUGGCAACAUCCCCGCUCGAAGCGGUGGCACUGCAUCGACUAUGCAAUGGUCCGGGAACAAGACCUGUCCAACUGCAUGGAUUGCCAUGUCAUCAGGGGAGCUGAGUGUAGUACAGAUCACAACCUUGUGUGUCUCACAUACCGCAUCCGCUCAUCUGCUUGCCACAAGCGUGCAAAAAGACCUGUCAAGUUUGAUGUGCAACAACUUGUCAAACACUCCUGCAUGACGGAAGCGCAGAGAGCUGCAACCUGUAAAACUCGUGAACAAUAUGCGACGUCUGUUGCGUCAGAGUUACGAUCCUGGAAUCAUGAUGGCUGCGUUGAGGACAAAUGGUCUGCCGUCAAAUCUGCUAUCGUCACCAGCGCUGAGAAGCAUCUUGGCCGUCCACGUCGUCGCCAGCCUGAUUGGUUUGAAGCGUGUGCUGAUGUUCUUGCACCUAUGCUGGAUAGCCGCAAUGCCUUACAUCGCAAAUGGCUCGCCUCUGGUUCUGACGCUGACAGGCGUCGCUUUGUCGAGGCUCGUGGCAAGUGCAGAACUGCCGUGCGUAACGCAAAGAGUGAGUGGAUUGGACGUAAAGCUAAUGUGGUUGAGUCAAGUCGGUUUAGUGGCAAGCACGCAUGGUCUGCAAUCCGUGAUAUACAGAAGUGCUAUUCGGGAUUAUCACCUAUCUCCAUCCCAUCCAUCCGUGGCAGUGACGGAGUUAUCUGUAGCUCCCAGGAGGGGCAAGAGAAAUGCUGGCUGCAGCAUUUUGCCCGUCUAUUGAACGUUCGCAGCACCUUCGAUGCUACCAUCUUUGACCACAUUGAGCAGCGUGAAGUUGAUGAGUCACUCGGCCAACUUCCCUCGCUAGAGGACCUCACUAUGGCUAUACGCCAGCUGGCUAAUUGCAAGGCUCCUGGCUCAUCUGGAAUUGCACCUGAACUGCUUAAAGCUGGUGGUACACCAUUGCUUGAGGCUCUGCUUGAUGUUAUUCACACUGCAUGGACCAACGGAACGGUUCCCCAGGAUUGGCGGGAUGCCCAACUCGUCCCGAUUCCCAAAAAGGGUGACUUGACCAACUGCAACAACUGGCGCGGCAUUGCCCUCCUAGAUGUCGCUGGCAAGGUUUGUGGCCGUCUCAUUCAGGACCGUCUCCAACUUGUCGCGGAACAAGAACUUCCAGAAUCCCAGUGUGGCUUUCGCCCUGGUCGCGGCUGCGCUGAUGCCAUCUUUUCCAUUCGCCAGCUCAUCGAGAAAUCGUACGAGCACCGUCAGAAGCUGUUCUGUGUCUUCGUAGACCUGAAGAAAGCAUAUGAUUCCGUACCACGCCAAGCACUCUGGCUAGCAUUGGGGAGGCUAGGCAUUCCUGAAGGGCUCCUCAAUCUAAUCCAAUCGUUCCACGAGAGCAUGCAGGCAGCUGUGCGCGUCGGUGCCAGCACUACCGAGCCGUUUGCGGUCAACAAUGGCCUCCGUCAAGGCUGUGUGAUGGCCCCAGUACUUUUUAAUCUGUACUUCGGUGUUGUGCUUGAGCGGUGGGCACAAAUGAUGCAGGACAGCGACCAUCCACCUGGCAUCCCCAUCCAAUUUAGCAUCAAUGGCAACCUUUUCUCAAAGCCCGCUCGCCAGUCUACUGCCGCAAUCAUCAACGACAUUGAGUACGCAGAUGACGCGGUCUUGCUCGCUGAAGACCGCCCUGGUGCUGAGAAGUGCCUUGAAACAUUCUGCACGGUUGCCUCUUCCUUUGGCCUCUGCGUCAACGCUGCUAAAACGAAAUUUCUCGUGGCAGGUAGCCAAGUCAACAUGCCUGAUAGAGCCGAUAUGAACGUCAACGGUGAUACUGUGGAGCACGUUCCAUCCUUCAUUUAUCUGGGGUCCGUCGUGACACCGGAUGCCCGCUCCUCUACUGACGUCAGUCGCCGCAUAGCUGAGGCUUCCAAAGCCUUUGGAGCUCUUCUUCCAGUCUUGUCGGAUCGCUCGCUGUCAUUAGUCAUGAGUGCUGGACGCCCUUGA